UAAAUUAAACCUCCCCUCCUGAUAGACAUGUUGUGUCUUCCUGCUUUUAUCUUCUGAUGAUCGCAGAAUGUCUCUUUAAGGUGUUUUUUUUUUUUGUCAUAAAAGGCACUAAAACACAACCUGGGYGUCGCUGUUGUCUUUUAUUUUCUUCCCUGACCAGAUCUGAUGAGAUGCUCAGUCAGAUUAAAGAGAGCCGCUGCUGUUCUGAUGUUUCUUGUUUCAUGCUGAUUCUGUUUUGAAGCCUUUGCACCGGAAAUGCGUUUAUUAAGAUGAAACCGAAACUAACGGGACGUUUAUAUGAGGAGUGCAGGCAGAGAGCGCUCACACUGAGGUGAUGGAGAAGAUGAACUUGGAGAAGAUGAAGCUCCUUCCUCUGAUGUGUCUUUUUGUCCUGAUGUGGACAGAACAAACGUUUGCAGACGGUACACUCAAGGUGAAAGAAGAUGAAGUAGUCGUUUUGAAUUGUUCUUUUGAUAACACUGACAUGACAAACAAGAAAUUUGAUUGGAAAAAAGAUGGCGAGGAUUUCUACUUUUAUGAAAAUGGCACGGAUGUAAAAGUAGCUUCAAAUAUCAAACCUAGAGUUACUCAUUUCCAAGAAUCUCUAAAAUCUGGAAACGUUUCCAUACGUAUCAAACCUGUGACGGUGCAAGACAGUGGAACUUACACCUGUAUAUAUCCUGAUCCAAAAAAAAAAAAAACAUAUGCAACAAUUCAACUUGAAGUUGAUUGUAUCUUAAAGGACAGAACAAGCGAUAAAAUCAAUGGUACAUGCCCAAAGCCAAAUGUCAGAGCACUUAACAGAUCAAAAAACAUUGUUCUGGUAGAGUGUAAGGCUGAUCGAGCUUUUCCAGAACCUGAGAUAGAGCUGCAAAACAGCAACAACGAAACUAUUCCUGAAAACAAGACAGAGUACUUUGACAAUGGAACCAUUAUCCUCACUGCUGAAGUAACUAAAGAAGAUUUCUACACUUGUGUUGUGAGGCAGCAACCACCGAUCUGCCAUGAAAUUCGUUCAGAUCCAAACUUGUUGGGAGUUCCUGGGGCUUCAGGAGUUUUACAGUUGUCCUCUGGACUGCUGCUGCUGCCUUUAUUCGGACUGUUGAAGGAGUUGUUCUCAGUGUGGCCUUAGCUGGGUGUUUGAGGUUCUUCUCUGCUCACCUGUAGUUUAGUCCAACAGUUAGGUCAAGUCAAGCUGAUCGUGUGUAUGAUUGGUUGAUUAAAGUGUUCAAUAUUCAGUAAUUAUCCUGUAAAGAAAAUUAGGGGUGGAGAACCCUACUGUUGAGAUAAUCAGAAUGCAAAUUAAACUUGUGAUCAGUUGAUGAGUUUUAUUAGAUUACCUUUGAAAUUGUUCAUAAAAAAGUAUUUUCUGUGAGUUUGUUUGUUGACAACAUUGAUUUUCAUUUAAUUUUUUUUGUAUUGAUUGCUUA